CCCAGUUGUAUGAAGCCUGGAUAGCGCUAUCCGACGGAUAAAUCUUAUCCAGUGGAUAAAUUUAUUGCAUAACAGCAUCGACUUAUUCACUGGAUAAAGAUUUAUCCGCCGAAUAGCGCUAUCCAGGCUUCGUGAUUAGUGGCGAAAUCAUUAGGGUAAGGAGGAGGACUAGGACUAACGUCACGAGACUACGAGGGUCAUUUGCAGCACAUAAUCGGAUAUGACUUUGAGUUGAAGUAUAGUCAUGACUACCAAAGACUAUGAAAGAUUUUUUGAUCCUUACGAUUAUAUGGAUACUUAUUAUGAUGAUCCAAAGAAAGAUAGGUUUUCUCUAGGACGAAUAGAACAAUUCUGGAGCAAAAUAGGAGGAUAUAAUUUGAAGGUUCUAGAGUACGGUGGAGGGCCAAUCAUUUCGAGGCUUGUCACGGCAGCUCCACAUGCGAGAGAAAUAAUUUUUGCCGAUUACUGCAAGGCGAAUCGUCAAGCAGUUCAGGCAUGGAUCGAUAAAGACUCAAAGGCAUUCGAUUGGAGGGAUACUUUUGACUUUAUCGUAGGAGAGUUGGAAGGAAAAGGAACAGACGAAGUUGCUAAAAGAGAAGAUGAGUUACGACAAAAGAUACGAGCCAUCGUUCCAUGUGAUAUCAAAUCAGAUAAUAUCCUGGAGAUUCCAGCCAGUCUUGGUGACAAGUACGGUCCACCUUAUGACGUUGUUGCCACGAGUCUUUGCUUAGAAGCGGUGGUAGAAAGCGAGCAAGAAUACAAGGAUACCGUGGCAAAAUUAGCGAAGCUAGUCAAGCCUGGCGGAUAUCUAAUGAUGUAUGCAGUUAUCAGCCAAACCUUCUAUAUGGUCGGAUCAAAAAAGUUCUCUAGUUUUUGUCUUACGAAGGAGAUGGUGGAAGAAAGUAUGAAGGAUACUGGGGCGAAAAUCAUGCACAUCGACAUGGCAACCAGUUCUGGUAUAAAACUCGAUUACAUGGCAGACACACAAGACGAGAUGUUUAUCUACGGACGCCUGUGAUUUUUAAACCUUACACGUACUGGCAACAAUAAAUAUUGUUGAAAUCCCGGUGAAAUCUAGGCCAUAAAACUGCCUUUCAAAUCGCUUUAAGAAUAUGCCAUGCAAAAUAGACUUCUUUAAAUAUGAUCACUAGGUGAUAAGGGACGGGAAGGGACGAGAUCCUUGAGGGGAGGGAGGGGGGUUGGGCAAUUUAUUUUGUGCAGGAAGUUUUGUUUUACGCCUCGUGGCUGAGCAGGACUUUUUUUGGACAUAAUUUGGAAUUUCUUUCUGGCGCUUUUCUUAUGCACGAUUUUUUUCACUCUUUGAAGCUGUGCUAAAAGUUAUUUUUGUCAAAAAUCUAAUGGUCCACCCCUCAUUGAUAAUUUAAAAAGAAUACGACUACGUUC